AGGCGCCGUGUCGGGCGGCCUGUAUGUUCGCCGGGGGUCUCGGCACCAGCGACACCACCUGUGUCGGCUCUGGUGCCGGUGUUGGUGCCGGCAGUGUCCCUGGUCCAGUUCGGGAGAACCCAUCGUCCUCCAGCUGCUGGGGUGGUGCCGGCGGCGCGGACGGUGUCGCCCUUCCCGUCGAGCCGCCCGUCCGAGAGAGGAAGCUUCUGAGGACGUGUCGUCGCCGAGUGGGAGGACCCGUCUCCAAACACACCGGGCAGAAGGAGAAGCCGGUUCAUCUGGUUCAGAGGAGGAACGCGCGCGAGCGGCGCCGCGUGCAGGCGGUCAACGUGGCCUUCAGCAGACUGAGCAAGGUGGUGCCCCUGGAGACGAGGGGGAAGAGGAUCAGCAAGGUGAAAACUCUACACAAGGCUAUCGAGUACAUUGACCAGCUGCGCAGGCUGCUGGCAGCAGAUGACCUCAGCCGAGGUCACGUGACCGGGUCAGCACCGCUCGAGUCUGGAGGGGACAAGGAGAACGCAUGGUGUGCGCCACUUCAGGUGUACGCAGACCUGCCUCCACAGCAGCAUGUCUACAACAUGCAGUACACCAUAAUGACCGGGUUCACCCCCGACCAGUAGAGCUGCAUCUACCAGCCUCCACAGCAGCACGUUUACAACAUGCAGUACACCAUAAUGACCGGGUUCACCCCCGACCAGUAGAGCUGCAUCUACCAGCCUCCACAGCAGCACGUCUACAACAUGCAGUACACCAUAAUGACCGGGUUCACCCCGGACCAGUAGAGCUGCAUCUACCAGCCUCCACAGCAGCACGUCUUCAACAUGCAGUAUACGAUAACGACCGGGUUCACCCCGGACCAGUAGAGCUGCAUCUACCAGCCUCAACAGCAGCUUGUCUUCAACAUGCAGUAUACGAUAACGACCGGGUUCUCCCCGGACCAAUAGAGCUGCUUGCGCAAUACCCAAGCAUUGGUUGGGUACUUCACCGGUACCCAGUUCUGUUCAGCUCGAUGGCCAUUACAUCCCUGGCCCUGUUUCACCGCCGCUGCCAGCACACGUGUCACAUUGGGUUUCCAUGGAGACAUCAAGGCUAUAGAACUCCGGAGGCAUCAACAAAUUCGCAUCUCCAACAUUACCACAAAGUAUGAUCAGCUUGGGAAAUGCGCUGGCAGCGCGUUGGCAGCGUCGGUGAAACAGGGGCCCUGUCCCACCGAAUCGCUUUAGCAGCCAUAUCACCGAGACCGCAUAAGACAGAGUCGACUUAUGACGUGCCAGAUUAAGUGAAAGCAAGUGAAAGAUCUUCUGGGUAGUCACACAUUUUUGCGAAUGGCCAUUGGUCAAUCUACAGGUGCGCUUCGCUGCACAGCUUCACCAAUGUUGAGUGUUACUGAGCUAUUUGAAUCCGUCCAUGUCAGCCGUCCCGCGAACCCGUUCAAACACGCGUCAGAUUCAUGAAUUUGACAAACGCAGCCUAGCGGAUUAUACAGAAUACGCGGUGUCCCUCAUGCAAGCUAUAGUGAGCUUUGUCUAGUCAGUGCAAACAAGUUGCUAAGGUGUCUAUCGAUAGAUAUGCUAGAUAAAUAGACUUGCUGUAGUGUGUGACGGUGCUGGUAAAAGGAAAAGAUAGUUGGUGUAAGACUAAGAUGAUUGAGGUGCCAUCUGCUGCUGCAUAGUGUGACUUGGAAUCAUGUGUGGGGAGUUGUGAAACAAGUAGGCAGCCCUAUGAUGCAACUUUUCCGUCCAAAGAUCAUGCAACUGCAAAGCAAGCUGUAAAAUAUAGUUACUUGUUUUAAAAGCGAGUGUUUACAUGAAAACGGGCUCUGUGUACUCGUGUUAGAUACAUUUUGGUUUACCGUCAUAUCAAAAUAAAAAAUGUGAUAAGAUUGAAAUAAACCCUAACAGCGCUUU